AGUGCUUGGUACAACCACGGAGCUAGCACGUCACAGACGUCAAACAAAUUUGUUUUUGGGGGGUGGAAAUGUGUCACUAGCGCUGUGGCAGUGGCGUUUAUUUAAGUGUUGUGUCACAGCCUCGCAUUUACAGAGAUAAGUUAGAGUCGGUAGAAAAGGAAAAUGUGCCUUUUUUGUCGUUGCUUGCUCUGUCUAAACGAACAUUAGCUCGUUAGCUGCAGUUAUGUAGCAGUUAGCUUGGACCUGACAGCACAGGUGAGGGAAACAACUAGAUCACACCAUGGCUGACGACCCCCAGAGAAACUUCCGCUCUGCUUAUUAUGAGAAGGUGGGUUUCAGAGGAGUGGAGGAGAAGAAAUCACUGGAGAUACUGCUCAAGGAUAAUCCUCUGGAUUUAGAGAAGCUGAGCACCUUCAGUCAGAGGUUCCCUCUCCCCUCCAUGUAUCGAGUCCAUGUGUGGAAGGUGCUGCUGGGCAUCCUGCCGCCCCACAGUGACUCUCACGCUCUGGUUGGAGGCUACAGGAAGGAGCAGUACCAGGACAUCCUGGAGGCGCUUGAGGUCAUGAGAUACGUCAACUCCUCCACACCCUCCACCCACAUCUACCUGCACAUGUUCCAGCUGGAGAGCCAGGUGCUCCCAAGGUGCUCCGAGAUCACGCCGCCGGAUGAAGAAAAUGAGGACUUCCUCUCCAUCAGCAGAGCGAUGGAGGAGAUCGUAGACAAUCCAGUCGACUGCUAUUGGCUGAUCAAGUGUUUCAUCAGUCAGUUCCACCUGAAGUUUGGAGACUCCAUUCCUCAUCUGCCAAAGAGCCUGGAGCAUUAUCUGAGUCAGGAGGAGCCUCGUCUGCUGAGCCAUCUGAAGAACACCGGAGCCUUAACUCAGCUGCCGUACAACCUCUGGUUCAAAUGCUGCUUUGCUGGCUGCCUCCCAGAAUCCAGCCUGCAGAGGGUUUGGGACAAGGUGAUCAGCGGCUCCUGUAAGAUUCUGGUAUUUGUUGCCCUGGAGAUUUUGCUGAGCUGCAAAAUCAUGUUGCUGGGCAUCAACCGGCCUGAAGGCAUGGUCAAGUUUCUGUGUAAUAUACCGCGGGAAAACACUGACGCCAUUGUGACUAAAGCCAUUGAUCUGUGGCAUAAAUACUGCGGCACGCUGGUGCAUGCUGUGUAGCCACGCGGUGACGUGCCAGAGAGGUGAGACGCUUUCCCAGAAUCCACCAGGACCUCCUCUCAACUCCACAGAGACACUGACUGACUGUGACGUUCACUCACUCACUCUUCUCUUCUCUCUCUACUCGACUGAAGUGAAAAGCGGGCUGCUUUUGAUAAGCAGUGGGAGCCACUUUUCAUUUUUGACUGGUUCAGUUUUCCCCAGAGAAUAUGACAAACUGCACACAGGGCAGGGGAUUGAGCUCCGGGGACACAUCAACACUGAAAACUACUGCUCCUGUUUCCAGGGAUUGAUGCUGGAGGAAAGUCAUCGACAAGGAAGCAUAAACUUAUCUUUUUAAUAAGUUCCUUUCUUUAAGAAACUGCAUACAUCAUAGAAGACUCACAAUAAAUUAAUUCCCACAUGCAGGUUUUUCUGCUUUACAAAAAAAAACAUCUGAAAAUUCUCACUUAGUUUCUUUUACUAUGUACACGUUUGUAUAACUCUGAGAAAAUGUUUCUCAACAAGAGACAGUGACAUCUCUCUCCCCCUCACACACACACACACGUAGCAGACACUCAAUAAUCAUGGACGAUGGAUUGUAAACAAUGAAAAUCAGGGAGAAAACCCUUCAUACCCUCUUCCUCGAUGUAAACUGAAAAAAAUAAACAGAUUUUUCUCACUGUU